AUGCCGACCCCGCCGACCGAGGAUGACCGCCAAAGGCGGAUCAUCCAGUUCGCCGAGGAAUGGGGCCUCGAGCCUCCGCCGUCCCCGACGCCACUGACGCGGCCCUCAAGUCCUCCCAGCUUCCGGACCCCGGAGGACGACUUAAAGGCUGAGGAGCUGCUGAAGCGGAAGCAAAUGUCCCACGGCCGGAAUGACUCCACUACUAACCUGCGCCGUGCCUUCACGUCCAAGAAGAAGACGUGGGAUUACAAGAUCGUAUUUGACGCCCUCGACAAGCACGUCGCCGACCGCGGAUCCCCCGGCGUCGCCGAGGCUCUCAUCGGGCUGCUCGUCCUAUCUGGCGGUGAUGUCAACAUGGCCCAAAAGGCCAAGACGAGCAUCCUGCCCCGCCGUAAGAGUCUCGAUAGCUUUGGCGAACGCAGCAAGCUGUUGCAACAUGCCAUCCACAACGGCCAGAUCGACAUGGUUCGGGUCCUGCUGCCUCACGCCGACACACUCGCCUUAGACGCCUCAUUACCGCUGGCCAUGCACGCGGAAAACGUCGAGGUUGUCGAGCUUCUCCUUCGCUAUGGUGCAGGGGUGGCCCACAGCCCCGAAGCCCAGGACGCAUUCCGCCAAGCGUGUGCAUCGGGCGGCCAGGCCGACCUGGUCGGGAUGGUCCUGCGAUCUGACGGCCGGCCGCCGACGACCUGGCUCUCUCAGUGCAUGGUGGACGCAACGAAAGCAGGAUGCCUGGACACGGUUGUCCAGCUCAGUCGGUCAAACGCCGAUGGCGAUUUCAACCAAGCCGAGGCGCUCAAAGUUGCAAUCAGUCAGGGACGGCACGACAUCGCUCUCGCGAUUCUCAUGGGCAACCACCCACCCAAACGCCCGGGGCUGGAUGAGGCAUUCUCGCAACUGCUGGACCACCCUUCCAUGAACCCCAGAGACAAGCUCGCGGUCGCGGAGCUGCUACUCUGCGCUGGCACGGACGGCGAUGCGCCCGCCAUGGCCCUAAUUCACGCGGCCGCCGCCGAGUUUCAAGACAUGGUCAGUCUCUUGGUCAAGUAUGGCGUGUCUAUUGAGUACCAGGAUGCCAUGGCCGUCCGGAAAGCCGUUCAGAACGGGCGGGUGGACGUUGCAUACACAAUCCUCAGUGGCACAUCGGAACUCAGUGCAACGCAUGCCUCUGAAUGUGUCGAGCUGAUCCCCAAAAACAUGGCUGUGGAAAGCCGCCGGUUAUUACUAGAUCUGCUAUUACGAAGAGGAGCGAGCGGAACGGCGCUCCACGACAUGCUCAUCGAGGCGGCGGAAGCAGGCGACGUUGACUCGGCCAAGCUCCUCCUCACACCUGUGUUCCCGGGAGGCCUGCCGAUUUCCGACCAUGACGUGAAAAAGGGGCCGAGGUCCAUGGUCUACGACCGCCAUCAAACAGCAUCCGUCGACCACAAGGGAGGUCUGGCUCUGCAAAUCGCCGUCAUGAGGAGUGAUGUCGCCAUGACGAAGGAGAUCUUGAUGAGCAAGCCUCCCAGUGAAACCCUUGCCCAGAUCUUUCCUCUCACCAAGACCCUGUCUCGCAGAAACAGGUAUCGCAUGGUGGAAUGUUUCCUCACGAGCGGCCUGGCCGGCCCAAUUGUUCAUGACGCGUUACAGGAAGCCAUCGACGAGGAGCCGCCCCACCGGGACGAGGAUCUCAUAGGGCUGUUCCUCAAGUACAACACCGACAUCAACACAAACGAGGGCUCGGCAUUGGUCGCAGCAGUGGCGCAAAAGGACGUGAGACUUUUGAAUGCGCUGCUCAAAAAGAAUGUCACGCCACAGACUGCCGCUAGCGUGUUGCCCAGGAUCAUCGGGACUCAGGAUGCGAAGGCGAGGUUGGACAUGGCGACCCUGUUGCUGACAUCGGUAUCGGGCCUUGACCCGGCCAAAGUCUCUCAGGCGAUGCUCAGCGCAUUGAACUACCGGCCAGCAGACUUGAAGCUUUUGCAGGUGCUGCUAGUGCAGGGUAAAGCCGAUGUCAAUGUUGACAACGGCAUCGCCAUGGCCUCGGUCCUGGAGGCCCUGCUGACACACGGCAAAGCCACGCCUGCCACGGCCAGCCGGGCCAUCAAUGAGUUUGGACAGCUGAUGUUCUCAGACACCAAGGCCGAAAAGCUCGAGAUCCUGUUGCAAAAGACAAGAGAGAAAGCCCCGUUCAAUGACGUGCUCGUCAAGGAGGUCCACGCCUUGCUCCAGACGCUGCCCGAGCACCGGCAACUAUCCAUCGUCAAGAUCCUUCUCGGGGCGGGUGCAGACGUCAAUUCCCACAACGCCGCCGCUCUCUGCCACGCUGUGGCCGCCAGUGACACGCAGAUUACCGAUCUUCUCUUCGCGGCCCGACCCAACCCGGCGUCACUCGCUUCGGCUCUCCCCCAUGCGCUGCGAAUCGCUGACCCGAUGGAUCGACUUGAGUUCUCGCAAAAGCUUCUCGACGCCGGUGCGCCUAGCGCCGAGGCGAACCGGGCUUUGGGCUUUGCCAUCAACACUUACACCAACGACAUCCCUUUGCUCCGCACACUUGCAAUGAAGGCUAACACGAGCGACGGAGAAGCUCUGGUUUCAGCAGUGAAAAAGGAGCGCCCCGACAUUGUGGAACUAGUGUUGCAGCAAAAGCACCCAAUCCCUGUGUUGAACGAUGCCUUUGCAGAGGCUGCCUUAUUGGCUAACAGAGAAGCGAGAGCAGCGAUCUGUGAGAUAUUGUUGCACCACGGUGCGUCGGGCUCUGUGCUCUCAGAUGCUCUCCUUGCUGCGGCGGCGGAUGGCGACUUGGUUUUGGGUAACCUCCUAGUGAGCAAUGGCGCUCAGAUUGACGAGGAGGCCAUUGUCGAGGCAUGUCGGUCUGGUGCAGCUGACGUUCUUCACAUGCUUCUAAGUGGCAGCACCACACCGAAAAAGUCGACGAUCGAGAGGGGGUUCCAGGCCGCCACCGAGGUCGGAAAUCUGAAGACGCGCGCCGCCAUCCUGGAACCACUUUUGGUCUACGGAGUAGACGGCGAAGCCCUCCACGCACAGCUCGCGUCCUCGGUAAGGUUCGGCGAAGAAGGCGACGACCUGGUCAAAAUCCUGCUAGAAGCCGGCGCGGACCCGAACUACAACAAGGGCGAGGCAAUUUGGGCGGCUACGAGGAGUGCCUACCUGAGCAGUCUGAAAAUGAUGCUGGGCUUGGCCGACCUCGGCACGCGCCUGGUGAGUAAGCCGUCGGUUGCCUCACUCAGGGGGUCUAACAAGAAGAAGCAACAUAAGCCUUCACCCUCGACCCUCAACAGAGCUCUGCGGGCCGCAUGGAAGCUCAGCCGCGAGACUCGGUCGUCUGCGAUCGAUAUGCUGUUCCGGGCGGGUCUGCCUAUUUCGGACGACCUCCACGUCGUGCUGAACAACGCCGUCAACGAGGAGGAGGUCGACCUCAAGAUCAUUAGGCAACUGCUUCGAUACGGCGCCUCACCGAUCGCGAACGACUGCCAGACCCUCGUCGAUGCCACCAGAAGAGCUCUCGUGAAACCGCUUGCCUUCAUGCUCGAGUCAAAGAUCUUGUCAGCAGACCUCAACCUUGCCAUCAGGGAGGGUUUCACCAAGGAGAACACUGAAAUGUGGUUUACAGAGGCUGGUUUCAGCAUUUUGCACAGCUUCCUGCAAAAGGGCGCUCACGGUGAUGGUCUCAGCUCAGUUCUCACCCAGGUCGUCGACCUACCGCUCUCAGAAAGCGAGCCCGACAGCCUCGCGUUGGCUAACGGCUUCGUAGACGUCCUCCUCGACCACAAGGUUGACGUCAACUACGCCGACGGAAAGCUGCUGCAGUCUGCCGCCGCCGCCUGCAACUCCUUCCUGGUCAAGCGGCUACUAGAGAAGAAGCCGAACACGGAGUCCAUAUCGCGCUCGUUUUACCGCAUCUUUGACAACCCCGCUUCGGAAGACGAGGCGCUGGAACUAAUCACAAUGUUUACUGAAUACGCUGACGGGGAGACGAGGCUGGACGUCAUGUACACGCCGCCUGAGUCGAUGCCCCUGCUGUUCCUCGCCGUGCAGCAACACCCGCGGUCGAUUCGGAUCUUCAAGGCCCUUCUGGACGCCGGGUACUACUACGAUCAGAUGAUGCCCUACAAGGUCAUGGAGGACCUCGAGGAGGAACCCAUCACGCUCAUGAUGUGGGCCCUGCUGCAGCCGCAAAAGAAGGUCAGCAGUGGCAUCAUUCAGAUGCUCAUCGAGACGGGCGCCAAGGUCAACUUCGAGUCGCGGGUAUCACAGAGCACGCCCCUUACGCUGGCGAUUCGAAACCGUCGACCGGAUGUAGUCAAGAUGCUGCUGCUGGAGGGCGCCGAGGUGGAUGUGUGUGAUGUUAAGGGGAACACGCCGCUGACACUGUCGACCGAGAUUGGAGGGGAGACGGCAAUCAAGAUGAUGUCGAAUCUCCUGGCUGCCGGAGCUUCGCGAAACGACGGAUCACUUCACAACUCAGCGCGCGAACUCAACCUAGCCGCCUGCCAGGUGUUGGUGCAAUACGGACACGAGCCCGACUUCCCCAGCACCCUCCACGGCGGCCGAAGCGCGCUGGGCGAGCUCUGCCGGCAUUGCGCAGACUCUGGCGAGCUCACCGCAGCGCGCCAGAAACUGAUGGAACGGGUCAUCAACUUCCUCAUCGAGGCCGGCUCCGACAUCACCUUGCGAUCAGAAGGAAAGUCCAUCCUCCUCCUUGCCCUGGAAUCCGGCGACCCCGUCGUCACCAGCCGAACGCUCCUCAAAGCAGGCAUGUGGAAGCACAUCAACAAGAAGUUCAACCACUACUCGGACGGCAAGAUGACCUACUCCCCGACAAUGUACGUGACCCACGUCCUCUCCAAGUCGGACCACAAAGACGCCCUCAUCAAGCUCCUCCGCGCCAACCGCGCCGAGGACGUCUACUACGCCAACAUGGGCCCCCAGCCCGACGGCGCCGUCGGCAUGCCCGAAGACAUUGAGAUGCAGGAACGCACCCGCCGCGCGCGCCUCGACCGCAUCAACCUCGAGCAGGAAGACCACGUGCUCUCGAUCGCGCGGAACCAGGAGCUCGCCACGGUGCAGGCGCAGAUCUGGUCCGCGCAGGCGGAGCUCGAGGACUCGCGCCGCAGGCGCAUCCAGCAGGACGAGCUCGUCGCGCUCAACGAACGCGCGCGGGUCGAGGAGGACCACUUCGCGGCCGCGAUGCGGCGGAAGCUUAACGAGCGCAACGCGGACCUCGAGCAUCAGGUCGCGCUGACGGAGGCGACCAUCACGCGGGCGCGCGCCGUGGACCUGGCCGAGUCGGACCUGACGAUGGCGCGGCAGACGAUGAUGCUCGAGUGGGAGAAGCAGAUGGCGACGGAGAAGGUGGACCACGCCAAGGCGCUCAGCGCCAUCCGGAUCGCCGAGAGGGAGGACGUCGAUCGGAUGGACCGAGACCAGGAGGAUCGGUUCCGGGCGCGGCUGGCGGAGCAGAGGAGGCUUGUGGACGGGCAGAGCCACCUGGCGGGUCAGCUUGCCGGGGCCGGGGUUAAUGGGAGGAGACAGAUUGGAUAUAUCACGGGGGAGAUUAAUUGA